UGGGAGAGGCUGCGCGUUCAUGUUUCCUUUUCUCGCCCCGCAUCGGCGGGAACGCGCAGUGGAUCCCUCACUCGCUGGAGAGAGGAAAAAAGCGCCGUCGGACUGCAACAGGGACUGACCGGAAAAAAUGUUCCCUCCACAGCCCUUCAUCAACGUUGUCUGCGAAAAGCAUUUGAAAGAUUCCACAACGUGCGAGGACUCCAGUUUUUUCGACCAUUGAACUUGUUUGAGAGGAUUGUAAACUCCGACGAUUUGUAAGACACAGGAACUGAAGUCAGCAUUGGACAGGUGGAGAAAAUGGCGAGAAGGCUCCUGCAGCUCCUUUCCUUGUGGACGAUUGUGAUUGGUGCUGUGCAGUGCUGCCCAGAGCUCUGCAACUGCCAGGAUAAAUUUUCACAAAAAUUCGCUGAUUGUGCUUAUAAAGAUCUGCUGGUGGUACCUGUUGGUCUCCCAUCCAAUGUUACCACCGUGAGCCUUUCUGCCAAUAAGAUCAAAUUACUGAAAAGUAAAAGCUUUGUCAGUAUCACUCAGGUCACCUCUCUGUGGCUGGCACACAAUGAGAUAGUCACAAUAGAGACGGACACCUUGGCUCCGCUGGUUCAGCUUCGCAACCUGGACAUCAGCUAUAACAAAAUUGUGAACUUUCCGUGGGAAGAGCUGCACAACCUCACAGCCCUGCAGCUCCUGAAGAUGAACAACAAUGAGAUGGUGAACCUUCCAAAGGAUGCCUUUUCCACGCUCAAAGACCUGCGGUCACUUCGCAUUAACCACAACAAGUUUACCACCAUUGUGGAGGGAACCUUCAGUGCUCUCUCCUCUUUGUCCCAUCUGCAGAUUUUUAGCAAUCCCUUUACAUGCUCUUGCAGCCUGGAGUGGCUGAGGGAUUGGAUCACGACAGCUACAAUUUCUGUCCCUGACUCAACCGCAAUUUUAUGCGAGGCCCCUGCACACCUGAAGGGCACGAUGGUUACAAAGAUUCCUAAACUUGACUGUGAGGCCCCUACUGUUUUCAUAACAUACCAGCCAGACAUAAAGAUCUCAGAUAUCUAUGAGGGUUACAUGGUCAUCUUAAACUGUGUGACAAAGGGGAGCCCCGUCCCACAGGUCACCUGGGAAGUCACGGCUGGAAAUCAAAAUUAUCUGUUCCCCUUGCCAUCUACCAGUGAAAUAAACGAUUUGCCAAUUAAUGAUGUAACAACCAACAACAGAUUUCUUGUUUUUAGGAACGGCUCUCUCAUCAUCCCUCGUGUGAGCAAAAGGGAAGAUGGAAAUUACACCUGCUCUGCGGUGAAUGAUUUAGGUAAGGCCGAGAGCAGUGUUAAAGUGGCUCUGGCAGGAAACCAAAAACAAGGCGGCAACUCAAUCCCUGAAUCAACGGUGGACAAGAUCCGUCCGUCCGGCAAAAAACCUACAGACCCCAAGAUACCCAAAAACAAUGUGAUCAACUGGACUAAGUCAGAUGAAAUUACAAAGGGCAGCUCUGAGGGUUCAGUUGACAAAAGCAAUGGCACAGAGCAGGAUAGUGGCAUUUCUAAGCACCCCACCUUCGGAAACAAGUGUGGUGUAAGACAAAGCACUGAACACAUCUCCAACCAUGCCUUCAACUUGAGCUUGGAUGACCUGAAGCAGUACACCUUUGAUUUUGGCGUCAUUGCAUUGGAAGUGUCAGAGACGGAGGCCAAAGUGCAGCUAAAUCCACUGCAGCUUGCCAGCAGCAAAUCCAACCUUCAUCUUAGUCAAACCGAUAACCAGGAAACGGUAAAUAAAGAACCUAUGGGCCUGUACCAGUCCUCAUCAAGCAAGAACACAAUAGACCUGCUCUACCUCUGUGUGAAUACAGGAAAUGGACACUCUGUGUUUCAGUGGUCCAACAUAGAGGAGGGGGUUAAUACCUACCGCUUCUCCGGUUUGCAGCCUGGCACCAAUUACACACUUUGUCUCACCUAUGGGGGGCAGGACUGCCAAGUCCAAGUAGUCUUCACAACUAGGAAGAAGAUCCCCUCCCUGCUUAUUAUUGUGGUUGUCAGCAUUUUCCUAUUGGGUCUGGCCACUGUUCCCUUGCUGGGAGCCACCUGCUGCCAUUUGCUGUACAAGUAUCAAGGAAAGACUUACAAGUUGAUCAUGAAGGCUCAGAAUCCGGACCAGGUGGAAAAGCAAACGACGAGGGAUUUUGAUCCCAGGGCGUCUUUUGUGGAGUCAGAGAAAACCUUCAACCCCAGCGAGUUAGGCGAGGGGGAGGAAGAAGCCGAGGGGGAGGAUGGAGACGGAGAGGCAGAGGCUGAGGGGAGCGUGGUGACCGAGUCCAUCCCCGGAUCCUCGUCCAAAACCAACCAGGAGGAGUUUGAAGUGGGCUCUGAGUACAGUGACAGAUUACCGCUGGGGGCCGAGGCCGUCAACAUCUCCGAGGAAAUUAACGGCAACUACAAGCAGCCAAGUCUCUAAGCUCCGCUGACGUGUGCGAGCAUAUUGUAAAAUAUUAUACUUUUAAGUAGCCUACAUCAAAGAAGGUAAUUCACACACCGUUACUACACUUGGGGGGAAAAAAAAGGUUUUUAAAGUGUAUCAUUCAUUUUUACCUCUUUAAGUCCUCCUCCUACAAUCACCGAGGUUGUGAUUUGAUUUAUGGUGCAUUUGUAGUUUACUGUGAGGUCGAAUUAGUUUACAAUGCAAGCACAGAUUUAUUCCGUAUGUCAGACUUAAAAAACUGACAGGAAAGCAGCAAGCUGUUCCCUUUCUGUACAGGAGAGACACGUGUGGGCCGGAGCGCAAACGGUGAGCAGAGUUGUGCGUAAUUGGAGUGAAAAGUAAAUGGUAUUAAAAAAAAAAAAAAAAAAAAUGAGUCGACAUUUUGGGAGCACAAAAACAAGCAAAAACAAAAAGUGCCAUAUAUUGUUUUUUUUUUUUUUUUUUUUUUUUUUUUUUUAAAAAAAGGGGCCAUUUAAAAUAAACUGAUAUCAGGGACCAGUUUCUUUUUUCUAGGCGGUGAGCGUCUGUGCAAGGCUGCGUUUCACUCUAGAAACGUUACAACAGCCAGUUAACAUCUUCUCAGGUUUCGGCGCGCCGCCUUAAUUUCACUAGUCCACGAAACUUGCCGCCGAUUUGGAUAAAUCAAAUAUAUGCUGAAAUGAUACCGCAGAGAUUUGGACUCAGGGCGGGUACUGCGCACGCAUCAGCGCCCUGUCCGCUGUCCUCCGAGUCCAAAAGGGAAAUUGCGCUUUCAACUAUGUCGUGCUUGACGGGAAAUUCCAGGUUAUCUACCAACGAAAUGUUGUUUCACGUAAUAGAAGGCUUUAAAAAAAAAUGUGCCACUUAAAACCUCUAAACCAACGGGUGCUUGCUGUACUCUCGCUUUUUACAAUGUCCAUGGCAUGUCACACGUAUUUCCUUGUGUGGUUUUUAUUAGUGUAGUCUAGGAGUUUAGAUGUGACUGUCUACAUGUGAUGUAAAGCCAUGUGAAUUGAGAACCUUUUUUAUCGACAGUAAGCCUCAACAAAAGGACGCAGUGAGGGCUUCACUGUCUUGUAAUUUUAAGUAAUAUAGUCAUUUUUUGUGAAAUGUUGUAAAACGAAAAAAAAAAAAAAAUGAAAUAAACGUGACCUUUCAAUAUUUUUUGAUAUCAUUUUAUGUAAGUGGAAUUAAUAAAAUAUAUGAAACGACA